UCCCGAAGUAUGUACUGUAUGUAUAUAGAUGUUAGACCCUCACCAAGUGCCGACGCGAUUCGCGACACAAAUGGCACCGCUCGGCGCAGUGUUCGCGCGGUAAACGGCGCGGGUGGACGUACGGUCAUGCGAGAGGCGGCUGGAAGGAUGGCCGAACUAGAGUUCGAGGCGCCGCUCGCCCAAAUCGAAGAGGCGGACGACUGUCUCUCGACAGCAGACUACCCACAGAAGACUAUAAAUGGAAAUGAGAUUCGUCUCAACAAUAUUAACAACCUGAAAAAUGAUAUGAUAAAAAUACAAACCGAUUCCAACAAAAUCAACGAUAAUGACGAGCCGAGACCGGUGAAGUGUAAACAGGAUAAUAUGCAGAACUGUGAAGGUGACAAUUUUACGGAAACUUUCUCCGGUUCGCUCGAAGAUUUGGUGAACACUUUUGAUGAAAAGAUCACAAAGUGCUUUGGAAAUUACGAAGAAAGCGUGGAAAAGUUGGCUCCAGUACAAGUUCGUUCUCAGGAGGAAAUUAUGAGCGAAUGCCAAAUGUGGUGGACAAUCACUGGGAAUUUCGGGAACAUUCUGCCGAUUGACUGGACAAAAUCUUUUUCGAGAAAAAUGCACAUUCCAACAUUGAAUCUCAGCGAUAAAAAGGGCGCUAUGACUCCUGACGACGAGAUUCACAGCUCAGAAGACGAAGCGGUUGCGUCGGAUUUGGAUAUGCAUGCUCUAAUCUUGGGAGGUCUUCAUCAGGACCACGAGUGCCCUGUGAAGACUGCUGAUGAAGUGAUACAGGAAAUAGAUGAUAUGAUGCAGGAGACUCCAUCGUCGGAAGGUGAUCUGAUAGAAUACAACGAAGCUCUGGAGAAAGGGAAGGAGGUGCUCAAUUCUCCACUUUAUGAAGACAAACUACGCCAAUUAUCACUAGCUCAGCUGAACGAGAUAUUCAUGGAGCUCGAAGUGCUGAUAAGAGAGUUCUCGGAGACGCUGAUAGCGGAACUGGCUCUGAGGGACGAGCUCGAGUACGAGAAGGAACUGAAGAAUACCUUCAUAUCACUACUGCUGGCGGUGCAGAACAAGCGUCGCCAGUACCACAUCGAGAAGAAGAAGCGGCCGGGACCGCCUCGCUCGCCCAACCUGAACAACAGCCACUCCGAACCGAAGUAUUUGACCACGGUGAUACCAUUCCACAUGGACAACGGUCCCCCUGACAACCAAUCUCUACAAGUUCUUAUCAAGAUUCUAAAGGCAAUAAAUGAAGAUAGCCCCACAGUGCCGACGUUGCUUACAGACUACAUACUCAAAGUCUUGUGUCCGACGUAAACACACACACACGUACACAGAUUUAGCUAAUAUUAAACAAAAAAUUAUAACUACAUUUACGCUCAUUCAGACGAAGCUUUAUUUUUUAGAAUUUGACGCACGUCGUGGUCGUAAAUCAUUAUGAUAUAAUAACGUCGAGGGAUUUUAAUAAAGAAAAGCUUAGGAGUGAAAAUGUAGUUAUAUUAAUGAUUAAUUUUCAAAAACCAUUUCAACAUUUCGAUGUCAGCACAUUCUAUUUAAUAUUACGUCAUUAUUUCAUAUCAAAAAAAAAAUUAAAUCGGUGUAUUGAAAACGCGAUAUAAGUAAUUUUAAAUAU